AUGGGAUGUGAAGAAGCGGUGCUGUAUAGUUAUGGUUUUGCAACCAUAGCUAGUGCUAUCCCUGCUUAUGCUAAGAGAGGCGAUAUAAUAUUCGUCGACAAAGGCGUCAACUUUGCCAUUCAAAAAGGACUUCAGGCAUCUCGCAGUCGUAUCGAAUGGUUUGAUCACAAUGAUGUCGAUGAUUUAGAACGGCUGUUGAAAGAGCAAGAAGCCAAGGACAAAAAGGACCCGAAAAAAGCAGCUGCAAUCCGUCGUUUCAUUGUGGUUGAGGGCUUGUAUGCUAAUACCGCAGAUCUCUGUCCACUGCCUCGUAUAAUGGAAUUGAAAUGGAAAUACAAGGUGAGAUUUAUUUCCCGCACAGCUCACUUUUAG